CGAAAUCUUAGGUUAUGUUCUGUAUUAUGUUUAAUUUUUCAUUACCAUAAAAAUUAUCUCAUAAUCUCAUAUUUUUUGCCAUUGUUUAUAAUAAAAAAUUGGUAGGUUUACAGUUUGUGACAGUUUGUAUUCAACUAUUCAGUUUAUUUGUUAGAUAUGGAAUUUAGCAUUGAAAUUAAGGAAGAGUCUGUUGAAAGUGGUCAAAGACAUGUAGAGGAGCAGCUAUCCACAUCAACUGAUCUUGAGAACUUAAAGAAUGCACCAGAAAGUAACUCAGGUAGGGCUAUCAAAACUGAAAUUAAGGAAGGGUUAAAUGAAGGUGAUCCAAGAUAUGUAGAGAGUCAGGUAUCCACCUCCCUUGAUCAGAGAGACUUGAAGAAUGAACCAAAUGAGUUUAACUUAGAUUGGACAGUAAAAGCUGAAAUUAAAGAAGAAUUUGUGGAAGGUGAUCCAAGAUACAUAGAGAAUCAGCUGACAACCUCCCUUGAUCUUGGAGUCUUCAAGAAUGAAGAUACCUUAGGGUUUACUCAGGAGAACAAACCGAAAAGUAUGGAGACAUUUUUUAAAGAACACGAUACGACUCGACACGCUGAAGGGAAAACCGCAAAUAAUAAUAUUAAAGUUCAGACUAGACAGGGACCUUACAAUUGUGAAAUUUGUUUCAAGAAGUUUUCUCGAACAUCUAAUUUAAAAACACAUUUAAGGGUACACACUGGAGAAAAGUCUUACAAGUGUGAAAUUUGUUUUAAACAAUUUAGUACCGCAGGUCAUGUCAAAAAUCAUUUGAGAACACACAGUGGAGAAAAACCUUACAAGUGUGAAAUUUGUUUUAAGCAAUUUAGUGAAGUAAGUAAUUUAAAAAAACAUUUGCUAGUGCACUCUAGAAAAAAACCUUACAAGUGUGAAAUUUGUUUGAAGAAGUUUUCUGAAAAAUAUAAUUUGAAAAGACAUUUAAUGAUACAUACUGGAGAAAAGCCCCACAAGUGUGAAAUUUGUUUUAAGCGGUUUACUCAUAAAAAUUCUUUGGAUACACACAUAGUAGUAGUUCACACUGGAGAAAAGCCUUACAAGUGUGAAAUUUGUUUUAAACAAUUUAGUACCGCAGGUCAUGUCAAAAAUCAUUUGAAAACACACAGUGGAGAAAAACCUCACAAGUGUGAAAUUUGUUUUAAACAAUUUAGUACCGCAGGUCAUGUCAAAAAUCAUUUGAGAACACACAGUGGAGAAAAACCUCACAAGUGUGAAAUUUGUUUUAAGCAAUUUAGUGAUGCAAGUAAUUUAAAAAAACAUUUGCUAGUGCACGCUGGAAAAAAACCUUACCAGUGUGAAAUUUGUUUCAAGAAGUUUUGUGAAAAAUCUAAGUUGAAAAGACAUUUAAUGGUACACACUGAAGAAAAACCUUUUAGUUGUGAAAUUUGUUUCAAGAAGUUUGCUGAAAAAUCCAAUUUAAAAAGACAUUUAAGAUUACACGCUAAAGAAAAACCUUACAAGUGUGAAAUUUGUUUCAAAAUGUUUUCUGAGAAAUCUAAAUUGAAAAGACAUUUAAUGGUACACACUGGAGAAAAGCCCCACAAGUUUGAAAUUUGUUUUAAGCGGUUUACUCAUAAAAGUUCUUUGGAUGCACACAUAAUAGUAGAUCACACUGGAGAAAAACCUUACAAGUGUGAAAUUUGUUUGAAGCAGUAUACAAGUGCAAGUAAUUUGAGAACACAUUUGAGAGUACACACUGAUGAAAAACCUUACAAGUGCCAAAUGUGUUUUAAGGUGUUUGCUCAGAAAAUUUCUUUGUAUACACACAAAAUAGUUCACGCUAUAGAAAAGCCUUACAAGUGCGAAAUUUGUUCUAAGCAGUUUUCUCAGAAAACUGAUUUGAAAAGGCAUCUGAGAGUGCACACUGGGGAGAAACCUUACAAGUGCGAAAUUUGUUUUAAGCAGUAUUCUACAGCAGGUAAUUUGAAAACACAUUUGAGAGUACAUAAUGAUGACAAACCUUACAAGUGAAGGGUACAGGCAAAGAAAGUGCUAUGUCAAUUUUUUUUUCAGAAAAUGAGUUUCUGGUUCCCUCUGUUAGCCAGCGAUCCCGACUACCAUUCUAUAAAUUAAUCACCGCUAUGAACGUGUUUAGUCAGGAAUAACAACAUAUUUUAAUUGUGUUCAUAACGCAUAUGUCUCAUUGUUACAUAACAUUUCACAGAAAAACUUCCUAAAAUUGGACCUGUGCGAAAACUUAGAAAUAUUUAAAGAGAAGCAAAGAAGUCCUAAUUGUGUCAAUCUCCAUGGGUCAUUUAAUCGAGAUUUCCAACCCCUACACCGUCAACUUUUUUCAUAACCCAUAGCUGCUACAAUUUUCUCCUUUCUUUGCUUCAUCAUUCAUGACUACCAUCUGCAUCUAUUUCAUUCUAAAUUGUCGAUAAGCAACAUCUUACUUUAUCUCUUCAAUACUUCAUUCGUACUUCAUCCUCCCACAUUCUCAUUAUUUCACUUCUGCUUUACUUCUCAAAAAAAAAUUUUCUUCCUACACCCCAUAUACCACCACAUCUCUCAUAAUUGAUUUUCAUUCCAGCCACCCCCUUCUUCUUAGUCGUAUCUCAUAGCUCAUCGAUUAGAUAACUCUCCAAUUAUAACAUAACACACCGCACAUCUUUCAUGGUCCAAUAUCACAACAUACAAUUGUAGAAGCCUUGGAGGUGUCACCAGGGAAAUGUACCAAUAAGUUUUCAAUUUAAAAAUCUUUUAGUAAUAUUUUUAAUAAUUUUCGAUAUUAUUAAUGUUGCUAUUAGGAUUGAAAAACUUUAUCUUUCAAUUGCCAGAUGACGCUAGUCACCUAAUCCAUUCACGUCAGUUGCAGUGUGGGACUAAUGUGUCGAAAAAUUUACUGGAUUAGAGAAAGCAACCUAUGCAUUCUCUGAAGAGCCUCUAGCAAGAGGUGAAAUCGUCGAUAAGAGUGCUGGUUGCGCUCUCUAAUCUAAGUAAAAAUUAAAAUUCCUUCCCUUUUGUCUUCACUGCAGCCUCCAUUUGGCUUGCAAAUUGUAGAAGCCUUGGAGGUGUCAUCAGGGAAAUGUACCAAUAAGUUUUCAAUUUAAAAAUCUUUUAGUAAUAUUUUUAAUAUUUUUCAAUAUUAUUAAUGUUGCUAUUAGGAUUGAAAAACUUUAUCUUUAUAAUUAGUUACAUUUAAAGGGUUUUUACCCAAAACAUUUUGGUGGCUCAGGCAUGCUAUUUUUUGUAAGUACUUCCUCCUGUUUUUUAAACCUUUGUCAGCUUUUUAACUUUUUUCUUAAUUAAUUAGAAUUAGGUUGUACUUAUUUUAGGGCUUUUUUCUUAUUUUUUUCUAAAUUAAUUAGGUUAUACUUAAUUUUAGGGCUUUUAGAAACACUAAUGAUGGAUUUAUUAAUCCGAAAACGUUUUGUUUUAAUGUAACCCUUAUUUAGGGUAUUUUAAAAUAUCCUUUUACAACAAAUCUAGUAUUUUUGUGAUUUAUGGUAUACAUACAGCCAGUUACAGGAAGUUUAUUUUCCUCGUGGAUAUUUUAAUUUCUCUAGUCUGGCAAGCCCGCGCGGUCCCGGCGAAAAAAGUGCUAUGUCAUGUUGUACACAUAGGCUGAAGCUAGCGCUGUAAUUCCAGCAAAUUUGGUAAGUAAAUGAGUUUCCGUCAGUGCAUAACAGUGGCGUGCGGUGACUUUUUCGAAAGGGGAAGCGAUUCAAUAAGGAUAUAAAAAUAUUUUCUUAAGGGUCGAGGGUCGAGCCACUUCCCACCUGAUAACACUCUGAUGCGCAGGGGCUCUAUCAGCAAAGUGCUUAUGUGAGACGUCCUGGGUACAAGGACUCGCACACUAAAUUCUAUGUCAUCAAUGCGUGAUGCACUCUAUUUCCGCUAUUUCUAGUGACUAGUGACCUAUCAUUGAUCUGUAUUGCUAGCUCGGGCCUUGAGUCCUCGCGCCGGGCUUGGUUUCCUAAAGAAGAAUUCUAUUUAAAAAAAAUUAUAUUCCGAGGCAUUUUCCACAACACAACUUUCAAUAAUAUGAAACUUAUUUAUACUUGAGGUCUAUUCUCCUAUCAACUUCUGAUAAUUGUUGAAUGCAGUCUUUUUCAAUGGAUAAUAGGGCUAACUUUCAAAGUCUGUCUUCGCUUGUGGAAUUUCUUUUAAACUCUUAAUUUGAAACUUUUAAUGCAUCUUAAUACUGGAAAACUUCGUUCAACUAAUGCACGUGUGGCUGGGAUAGUUAGUACUAAUUCACACAACUUGACCACUUCACACAGUGACUUGUUUAAACCAGUAGUUAUAAUUAUCACUAAUGUCAGAUGUUUCAUAAACGACACUUAAGUGAGAAUGCAAAGCUGGGAUAUCAAAAAAAUUUCAUUAUUCGUAUAGUGAAAUAAAUUCCUCUGUGGGAAAUUUUGAUGAAUUAUAAUUAGAAAUAUUAAGAUUAUAUAUUAUAAUUCUACAAAUUUUAAAUCGUUAAAAUUUUGGAAGCUUUUUUUUUGUUCUGAUUCUGGCCUUGGUUUAUAACCUUUAGCCACGUAAUUAAAUAUAAAAUUAUUAUUCAUUCAUAAGUACAAAAUUGUCCAGUAUACACUUAUAAAGAAUAAUAAAAAAUAAAGCUUACAAAUAACAAUGUCUACUUACUAUGUUAAUAAAUACAACUAUCCUAAUUUUUUUUUCACUACGGUAGGAACUAAAUCCGAUUCAUCCUCGCGGAGA